GUGCCCACUUGGCGCCGCCUGCGUGUGCGGCUCGCUAGUGCGGCUGUUAUAUUAGUGGUGCCCUGCUUGGCCUUCGCGAAGACAGCGCCAUCGGAACGCAGCCCGGAGGCGGCCGAGCGGAAACAGUAUGGGGACCUCUUGCGCUUGGUCAAGAAGCGUGGCUGGCCUCAGAAAAGCCCAGAGCUGUCCACCAAAGUGCUCGGAGUGGAUGAGGCAGCGGAUGGAGCAGAGCGUCGAUCGCUUGUUUCGCCGGGCUUCCGUCGAGUUUGCUUCCGAGCUUCGUACGAUGGAAGUCAGUACAACGGCUGGGCCAGGGUGAAGAACGCCUCGCCUCUGACAGUCGCAGGAAUGAUUGACCGUGCUGCCUCGUUACUGCUACGGAAGAAGACCUUCAGUUGCGGAGCGAGCAGGACGGAUGCCGGAGUACAUGCUCGAGGGCAGGCCGCGCACUUUGACGUUCCUGAUGCGGUAGCCGCUGACAGACCGAUCAACUGGCAGGACCGCUGGGAGCAGCAGAUGAACGAGCAGUUGCCUUCAGAUAUACGAGUGUGGAGCUUUAAGGAUGCCCCUCCUGACUUUCAUGCCACUUUCUCUGCCAGUGGCAAGACAUACGUCUAUCGCCUUCACUGUGGGAGAAAUCCAGCAGAUCCGUUGGAGAGGUUCUACAGAUACCAGAUACCCAGCAGCUGGGCACGCACCUUCAAUGGAGAGCUCCUCCGUGUGGCCGCUGCGAAAUUUGUGGGCAAGAAGGACUUUUCGUACUUCACCCACGCCAGCAAGCUGGAUAUUUACAGGACUGGUGGCACGGUCCGGACCAUCCGAAGCGUAAACGUGGUUGAGGAAGGCCCUGGACAGUGCCGGAUCGAGGUUCAGUUGGAUGGAGCCAUCUUCAGGAUGGUUCGAAACAUCGUUGGUUGUCUUGUGUCCGCGGCUUGCGGACGUGUUGCUGUGGAAGAGAUCGAUGAACUGCUUCAGGUGCAGCCUGACAAAGCCAAGCAGGAGUCUGGUACUACAGCAAUAUCUUUUCCAUGCCUACCACCUCAUGGGCUAUGUCUCGAACAGGUACAUUACCAGAUCCAUGAUUUCUGA